AUGAUGGUCCACUCGUCCAUAAGUGACGUGUAUUUUCAAAGUGAAGUGAGUGGCCAUAAAACGGACUCCUGGCUAAGAAUAAACGGACUCUCGAGAAUAAUAUGAAAAAUAAAAGAAGCCAAGAAAUGAAAUGGAUCCAAUUUGAUGGAACACGAAAACAUAGAGUUGAGUGUAGGAGGGUAGGCUUAUCUGAAAAGCAGGGAAGCAUUGUGGCUGGAUUCUGAUGAUGAGAAUAGGGUCUCUGAUCGCGUGAUUUAUUCACUUUUCUCACUUUGGGAAAUUGAAGUGUGUCAGUCAAAGUGACGUGAAAAGGUAAAAGGUGAAAUGGCAGAAGACGGAUGCAAAAGUGGGCGGCGUUCAAUGCACACUACUCUCGAAUUUAGAAACAUUUUCGAGGCUGGGAAAGGACUGGCGGAGUGUGAUUCCAAGGAAAAAGGCGUCGGCGUGACGGAAUUCAGGAAAUUCAAUUGUUUUUGGUUUGCAAAUUCGAAGGCGAUGAAUAGGAAGAAAGGGAGUCAUGAAGCAGAAUGGAAAGAAUUGCUCGAAAAACUGAUUCAGUUGGCUAUUUCGGGAAGUGGGCUGGCGGAAAUCGCAUGUGUGACUAAUCUCUCCGCGGAUUAUCCGACUGCUCGAGAUUGUUGCGAUGGUCAUCCGCACUUUUUGUACUAGUAGCAAUUAUGGGGGGACUGACCGACUAAACGGAAGUUUUCAGGAGGAUUCUCCAACGAGACCGUGCUGCAUACAACUCUCGCUCACUUAUCACAACACUUCGACAAAGAAACUGGCGCCGGCGACGAAGGUCGAUCAACCGCACAACAAUGUCAUUCUAAACGUAAGAUUUGUAAAAAGAACAAUAGUCGCGAACGUUCUCAACUUAAGGUGAUCAUCAGCAAGAGUCGGACGUCAGAAUCAUUCAGUAUCCUGAGGUUCAUCUAUCGAAUAAAAGAGUAUGUAAUCCACUUGAACGGCAGGGAUGACGUCUUCAAUUCCAGAAACAAUGUGAAUGUGCAAUCGUUGCUCGAGCUUGAUGGUUUCGCAAAAUUGAUUGAUGACGUGAAUGCAGAAGCGAACAGCACGGGAGAGUGCUCCAUUUCGAUACUCGUCCGUCAGGUCGUCGACCGUUUCUCCUCCGGUGACUGGAACAUGUCGAACCGCGACGAACCAUGCAUUUCGAGUGUCGCCCCCGCGGCUCCUUACGUCCGGCCCGGAUCUGCCGCCGCGCCGCCUUCCGUGGCUCCGCCAGGCUCCGUGCUCCAUCAACAGCCCGCUUCGAUAUUGCAACCGGGAUCAAUGAUGGGUCCGCAGUCAGUGAGUGCACAGCAUCCGUACGGAAUGCACAGAAUGGGAGGGCCUGGUGAGAAAGCUUCACCAAAUUCAGCAGCAAUCAGUCUUCUUUCAGGUUCAAUGCAGAUGAAUCCUUCGAGUAUUCAGCAACCGGGAAGCGUAGGAAUGCCUGGAAGUGCCGGCGGUCCGGGAAGUGUCAUGAAUCCCGGAAGUCAUCAGCAACUUCUGAUGAAUCCGGGCAGCGUGGGACCUGGAAGUGUCAAUCCGAGCAGCGUGAAUCCCGGAAGCGUCGGUCAUCCGUUCCCUUGGAAUCCUCCUUCAGUUGGCCAACAAUAUCAUCACCACCAGUAUCCGCCUCAAUGA